AUGAACUCGACUAUGCGCAUCCAACUACAAGGCAUCCAUGCGAGCCAGAAGUCCAAGGGCCUUUACAAGCUCAAGGGACACAAAUCUCCCCUCCAGGUCCAUCUUGGCGCGCCCCUCCAAGUACUGCUGGAUAACGACGACUCUGACGCUGAUACUCCCUCUCCUUUGACACUCUGCUUUGAUAUUCCACACUCGACUGCUUCGUCACCACUGCGUGCAACGACGGAAUGGAGCGAUUCAGACUCGGAUUCGGACAGCGAAAGCACUCCUGCAGAAGACGAAUCACAAACCAUUUCCGUACCGGCGGAAAGUCCUUUUUACACGCCCCACGCGCCGCCCUCUUUCCAGACCAGCUUCAACAUCCCCCCACCCCUUCCAGAGAGCCAAUUCAUUUCAAUCCCGGCCGAAAGCCCAUUUUAUACGCCUUGCGCGCCGCCCACUUUCAAAGAAACGUUCGAUGACCUCCCCCCGGUCCACUCGGUACCAUUUUCCAAACCAAUUGCAGCCUUAUUUCAAUCGCAACUCGACCAAUUCCUCCCCAUCGACGUACGGAAGGCACUGUUUCUUGUGGAUGAGCAGUUUUUAGGGGACAUGGAGGACGAUGUUGUCUCGGCACCGUUGGACGCCUUCGCCAAUGUCUGCUUGAGGCACCUCCCCCAACCCAUUGACCUUGAAGAAACAACCCGGGUCGAUGACUCCCUUCCGCAUUAUCACCUGGUGGGCGGGAGUGAAGUUGUCGGUGGAUUGGCUCCCGAGCUCCGCUGUCUUUUCUCGAAACCCUCUGCCGUAUCUGGACGACCAUUAUUAGCUGACGCGAAGACCAUGUCUUGUGUCACCUCCUUUCUUUGA